AUGGGUGGCGUGGUAGAAAAUUCAAGUGACUCUGAGCUAGUGGAUGGUGGCAUUGCAUCUUUUGGUGGUUACAUGGAGGUUGGUGGUGGCCAUGUCGGUACUGGUUCCACUGGUGCUGGUUUUGGUGGAUUGGAAGGUGUCAACACAGGGAUGCUAGGAGAAGGUGUUGGUUUUGGUGGAUUGGAAGGUGUCAUUACAGGAAUGCUAGGAGACGGUUUUGGUUUCGGUGGAUGUGAAGCUGUGGGCAAUGUUUCAGCUAGGGAUGACGAUGUUGGUGUUGGUGUUGGUGGUGUGAGAGUUAGUUUAGGUGGCAAAUGA